GCAGCCGUUCUGCUUCUCAUCCGUCCUCGACUAGUAGGUAUACUCCUAUCGAUUCGCUGCAUACUGGUGGCCGAAGAGGAGCCAGAUUAUUCCUAGCAUGAGCGACAGCACGCCACCACCCAUCCGUGUAAAACAGGCUUGCGAGCCUUGCAGGAGGAAAAAGACAAAAUGUCCCGGAGAACGACCGGCGUGCUCCUUUUGUAGUCGUCUCAACCAGCCAUGCACGUAUCUCUCAAGCAAUGGCCCACCCGUUGCCAGAGUCGAAAAGGCCCCGCGGAAUCCCAGAGCAAGGGUCAGUGACCUUAUGAAACCCUCCCGACCAGUUGUUGAGGUAUUUGAUUCGCAGGAAGGCCGCCAUCCCGCGGACCGCGUUGAACGACUGGAAGCCCGAGUCGAUCAGAUUAUGGAAGCUGUUAAGUAGGUACAUGAUGGUACCUUCUGAUUACCUGACCGCACCAGCGGCACCUUCUGGGCAGGGAUAUUUCCAGUUCAGUGACGACUUUGUACAGUGCCUUGUGGCAAGGCGGCAACUUGGUCAACUUUUGCAAAGUCCUGAUCUGUCAACUAGGAGUACUCUUUGCAGACUUGACCAUCUGCUAAUACUGCACAGUACACUUGUUGAAAGACAAUCAGCAGAAGCUUCCUCUCGGACAGAACAGUUUCCUUCGACGCCGGGAGGGAGAAGCCCACCAUAUGGGGGCGCUCACGGCCACGGAAGUCGGACUGCAGACUUUGAUGCUACCAGCAGGCCAUACCCCCCUUCCGAAGUGCUGCAGUCUUUGGUGACACUCUACGUUGAGAAGAUAUCCGAUCAGCCUUUGCCACUUUUCGACGUCUCUACGCUCCGAUCACAAGCCGAAGACUUCUCCGGAGCUCUCCUCGACAGUUUCCUCGCGCUCACUGUUCGAUUUUCCCACAACCAGUUCUUCGAAGGCGUCCAAUCGAAAGCUGUAGAGUUUUACAAAAGCUCGGCUCGAGAUGUACUCUUCCGUCGCGCUGCCGAGCCCACGGUCACUCUGGGGGUGCUGCAAGCUUUGUGCCUUCUCGGUAUGGCAGAGAUCUAUGAUGGCAAGAUGGUCAGAGCAUGGAUGGCUUCUGGAGUCGCUGCAAGAGUCGUCAUUUGUUCGACCUUGGCAAUGUCGGAAGGUGGGAGGACGUCGACGAGGAAGUCUGAUCUUUCCAGAUGCUGUUGGAGCCUAUUUAUCCUCGAUCGAAUCCACGGCAGCAGUCUGCGAACUCUCCCCGCCAUCUCCGAUGAAGGCAUACUUCCCGAUAUGCCAUCCUACGCAUCGUCAGGAGAGACGAUCUCGUUUCCUCAUACCGCUAUGGACUCAAAUGAUGGACGCUUUCAAGCAGAGAAGGACGUUGGCAUCAACUCUUACGCGUUGCAAUUAUUGACGAUCUGGGGCCGCCUGAUGGGAUACCUCAAGAGCAUCAAACAAGGCAAUCGCGAAUAUGCAUGGGUCGCCAAUUCCGGCUAUGCUCAGAUCAAAGCACGAAUGUCUGAAUUUGAGACAAUCUUUCCCGAGGUGCACCGGUUCACUAACGCGAAAUUUCAUGAGAGGGCGAGCAUAGAUUUGUCGAAGAACAGAUCAUACUGGGCACCCUGGAUCUUCACACAGUGUAUUUAUCACACCAUACACUGUACUUUGAAUCACCCGUUCCUGCACGUUGCUCGGAUCCAUGGGGAGCAAAGGCUUCGAUCGCCUUCUUUCCUUCAGCAGGCGAUAGACCAGACAAUCUUACAUUCGACCUGGGUCGUGCAGCUGCUCAACAUUUGCGAAGAGAGGGAUUUCAGGAUCCAUGAUCCCUUCAUCGCGCACCUCGCCUCAAUGAUCGCGACAGCGCAGUUUUUUCUACGAUUCUCGAAAGAUGAAGCUCUUGGUCUCAGAGCGACCAGAGAUUUUGAGACGCUGCAAUAUUUCGUGGAAAGAAUGGGAGCUGAAUACCCUCACCUGCUCCACACGAAAGCGAAGCUAUCCAAACUCGCGCAGCUUGCCGCACCGUACAACAACACCGCUCGACCAGUCCAUCCGCCGAAAGUCGAAACGGCCAUGUUGUGGGAUUUGCUUGAUUACGCCGUCUCAUCGUCACCAACAGUCAGCAGUGAUGGUGGGCCGGCAGAUGAUGUCGAGCUGAGCGUGAACACGCAAUUCCUUUUGCCAAUGGAUCAGACAACGCCGCACUCUGCAGCUGGAGCAGCACCCUUGCCAAGCAGAAAUGGCCCGGAGUCCUUCUCGCCGAACUUCUGGGAUGAUUCCGCAUUCGCCUUCGACAUGGCGGACUUUUCGAACUUACCCGAAAUGUCGACAAUAUUGAUGCCGAAGGAUGCCUGGGUCAAUGGCCUUCUUUGAUCAAGGUCGACGGUCCUGCCUUUUUGUAGAGAGCAAUUGCUGGUCAGAAUGCAGCACGUAGGCAUGCCGGAAUCAAUAAUCUAGCAGAAUCUUUUGGAUCAGGCACAAGCUAGGCGGGGCUAAUGGACAGCUUCCGCAUCUGCAGCCGUAUAGAGGAGCUCGCAGCCUGCAAACUAUCGUUAAAAUUGCCCGAGUGCAAUGCUG